GUAAAAUUUGUGAAUAACGCAAAAAUCUCAAUGUUGCAACUAUUAAGGAACGAAGGAAGUAUUAAAACAUUAUGGCUAUAGUACAGUGCCAUAUGAAUAUUAAUUAAUAGAAUUGUAUUUUAAUAUUCAAUCGGUUAGAAUAAAAAUUACUAGUAUUAUAUUAAGUAUAUUAAAAUGAAUAAUACGUAGUAUGAAAUUAUUUUAAAAUGAAAAAAAUGCAGUAAUAAUAAAGAACUUGACAUUAUUUCGCAUCAUGGAGUAUAUCAAUGGUAAGUUGAGGCAUGGGUCACAACGCACACCUUUAUCUUUAAAACGAAUUUGCCCCGUACAAGUGCUAAGAAUUAAUGACAUGCUCUCUCAAGAAACUUAUUUCUUCUUUGAAAAUGAGCACGCCAAACUCAAAGAAUCAAUGAGCUUUGGUAUCCAUGAAAUGUUGAAAUAAAUGAAAAUGGGUGUUUGACAAAAACAUGUAUGUUUGGCGGGAGAUGCUAAAAAGUGUAGGUUUUAUAAUGUAUUAUACUAUGGGCAUUUUUGUAAUUGUAUUAUUGAUCUCUUUUAUAAAUGUAUCUAUCAUGACUCUUAUUGGGGUAACAUGUUCUAUUAUCUCACAUGAUAUCUAGAGCUCACAAGUUUCUGCCGUCACGCAUCCCAAAUAGUUGACCAACAUGGUCAACACCGCGCCACCACCUCUCUGUUAGUGCACUAACAGAGAGUGUAGCAACCCCUUAGUGUUACUCUUCUAUCUCAUCUAAAGUAUCUACUCUACUUAGUGCAGCCUCCCUCAUGGUGUCGACUCGGCCUCCUCACCGGUCAUCUAAUGACCCUUACCUCCAUUAAUUAUGGGGCAUGUCUUCUGAUUGCUCUCUUUUGGCGCGUUUCACUCUCUCUUUACUCGUUUCUUCUGGAAUCCAACAUAUCUGGUGACUCAUCCCCUAUUCCGAGAAAGAUCUCUGUUGGGUGAACUCCAAUUUCAUGGUUCGACUUGCACUGGUUCACCGGGCAUUUAUAGUUCGUCUCCUCUCCAUCGGUCAAGCUUAGAACUUUUGUAGUUCACAUCUCCAAUGGCUGCGCUGGUCAAAUGUUAUCUCACUCCUCUCCUAAUGUUACCCAUAUUUUGAUGACCAAACUUUGUGUCGUGGAAGAUUAUAUGUCAUAUAGAACACAGUUCGAGUCCUUUCGAGUAUCUCAUGGCCUUUUAGGCAUGUUUGAUAACUCUAUUCAGGUACUCUCCAUAUAUAUGAUUACGUUCAGAAUAAUCACAAUAUUGUUAAUACAAAAUAUUAUCAGUGGCUGAAAAUAGAUCAAACUAUUAGAUCUUGGUCGUUUGUUAUCCUCUCCCUUAAUGCUUUGGUUAAUGUUCAUGAUGUUAAACACUCGGAAGCAUGUUAGAAGCUCGACCGUACAUGAUCACUUUUCUGGCCAUCAUCUCAGUCUUCUUCUUAUUACAUGAUUGGUCAACUCCUGCACACCGACGGGCAUGGCUCGACAGGGGAUGCAAGGACGCGUGCUAAACCACGCACUUUAGGUAUUAAUCAGACUUUCCAUCUGAUGAGGGAUUUCUUAGGUCCAUACCUGGCCCCCACCCACUAUUUGCCAAAUUUGUUUCUCCAUUCGGUUUUCUCAUAACUCUGCACCAGCACUCGUUUCUUCCACCGUAAAGGUGGAUGAAGCUAUAUGGUACACUGACUUUGGAGAAUCUACUCAUAUGAUUUCCUAUGAAGGUAUACAAGUUAAUAAGAUUAUGCAUUAUGGUCCCACUUGUGUUAGUAUUGCUAAUGAUACUCAAUCCACGUUUGACAUGUUGGUGAUGUUUCUUUGAAUUGUUUAGGUCGUCCUCUUUUGAUCAAAUUGUUUAUCAAAAAUAGGGUGAUCCGUAUACUUAUAAGUGUAACCACUAUUACCCACAUCCACAAGAUGAUACAUACCAUAUAUACUUGUAAUAUAACCGACCCAUAGGUCAUUUUCCUUAUUAAACAUUUAGAGAAAUUAAGAUUUGCUCAACCUUUCCCAUACUCCCCACGAAUGUCUAGCCCGCAAUCUAUUUCCUACAUCCGUAUAUUCCAUGGAGUGUUAAGGGUCAUUUUGCCGCCCCAAGGUCACUCACCCCAACCUGGAGUAUCUAGGAUCAUUUAGCACUCAAGGGUACUCUACCGCAAUCUGGAGUACUUAUGAUCAUUUACUGUCCAAGGGUACUCUGCCCCAACCUGCAAUAUUUAGGAUCAUUUAUCGCCCAAGGGUACUCUACCCCAACGUGGAGUAUUUAGGGUCAUUUACCAUCCAAUGGUACUCACCCCAACUAGGAGUAUUAAGGGUCAUUUACCACCCAAGGAUGCUCUACCCCAACCUUUCCUACCACAAUCCUAACCUGGAUAUGGUUACCAUUUCAUUCGUUCAUCUAUAGACAAUACUUAGCCCUAUAGUCACUAAUUACACCCCAAUUACCCAUCAUGGACAGGUUUAAUACGAACGGUCCACAUUAGGCUACCCAAAAACCCUCAUAUGAGGUGUUUAACAUGUAUACCUGGUCGGGUACCCAUCCAUACCCGAGCGAAUCUUUCCUAUAGUGGGUCAAAUCUCACUUUGGAGUGAUACUCGAUCCGGUACCCCUCCAUAUACCUGAUUGGGUCUUUUGGACAGUGGAUUUGAAAACUCACUUUUGAGUGAUACCCGGUCGGGUAUCACCCAUACUCGAUUGGGUGAGAGCUUUGACCUAGUGGUCAAUGCCCGUUUGACUGCUCAAACGAAAUCCGAUUGCCACAAAAUUUUAUACACUUGUACAACAAGUCAUUCUUAAUCUUAAAAACCCAUUUUGGACCCCUAGAACAUCAUACAUGCAUAUUAUAUGAUCAUAUUUUAUCCUAAUCGAGCACAAUUAGCAUACUCUUCAGCAACACUCAUACUAAAUCAUGGCAUAACACACACAUAGAUGCAUUUAAUCAUUUCAUAAAACACAUUUUUUAUUACCUUAGGUACUCUCACUCUUAAACCAAAAGUUAUAAGUCAUAAAGUUGUCAUCUCACCUUAAAUGAAGCUUAUGAAGCACUGGCCUCUUCGAUUGACCUCAUGCGAAUAUCCGGCGAGCUUAUGUGACUUUUCCGACCACUUCUCAACUCCUUGAGAACACUAGGAACACCUUGGACAGGUCCCUAACUUGUAGACGAUGGGAUAUGUUAGGUAUACCAUGUUGUCAGGUAUACCGUGUAGACGAUGGGAUAUGUCAGGUAUACCAUGUUGUCAUGCCAUAUAGCUUGCAUCUUUUUCCUUCAUCAUGAACGAGAGGACUAUGUAGAAGGAUGUUAUAAGAGGGAGGUGUAUUUAAGAGCAUAUGCAGGGUCUAUACCCCCUUAUGCAUGUGAGAGGCACCGGAGGAGGAUAGAGUGUCCUUUAUAUCCUCCUAUUAAAAUAGGGCAUGACAGACCAAGAGUGAAUAGGAAAAAAGACCCAUUUGAAGAUCCUAAGAAGAGUGGGAAGCUGACUAAACAUGGUAUGGAAAUUACUUGUAGCAUUUGUCACACCAAAGGUCAUAACAAGCAGAGGUGUCCAAAUAGAGAUGCAAAUGUGGUCCAAGAACCUCAAGUUAAGAAAGUUAGGGGUCGGCCAAGGAAUGAUGGAAAAGCUACACAACCUUCAUCAUCAACAACAUUGUCACCUACACAUCUUAGUGCCACAACACAACCUAAUAGGAUAGGAAAGAGGGGGAUGGUGAUUAAAGGAGGUAGAGGCUCUAGAGGAGGACGAUUAAUAGGUGAUGCGCACAAAGAACAAGGUGAUAUGUUGCCAUUUUCGGCUUGUGAUUAAUAGGUCAGUUCUCAUUCUCGGCUUCUCUGAUAUGUUGCCAUUUUCAAAAGCAACUAAUGAAUGUGUUUGUAUACUAUGUUCCCAUAUGAAGAAAUGACAGUUUUCAUCGUGAUGCACACAAAGAACAAGGUCAAUUUCUAGCUAAACAAUCACCAAACAAACACUGGAUUUAAAUCCUAAUUCUUCCUCCUCUUUAAUUUCAUCUACACAGUCAUAAUGAAAACUUACUGGCCAUAAAGAGCACUCAUGAAACUUCCUUCCCACAUUCAACCCAUUUUUAAGAACUCUCAAAACAGAUUUUAUAUUGUGGUGACAGUUAAUUGUUGAAUCUACACCUUUACUACAUGUUGUCGAUGAGGAUCCAAAAGCAUGUGGCUUCAUUUUCCCUGCCAACAUACACACAGGAAAAAAAUCAGAAGGAAAUCAGUUAAGAAGACGAUGAAGGAAGAUAGCUAGGUCAAGAACGACGUGAGAAAUAUUGGGGAGAAGGAAGACCAACCAAGCGAAGAGGGAGGAGGAUCUGUCUGGCAACGAGGAGGUAGAUGGGUCGGGCAAUAAAUUAAGGUUACCGGUAGUUAUAAAUAUAAAAUGUGCUGCAUCCGGUAAAUCUCAGGUCCGGAUUGAUUAGGGAAUAUGAUAGGCAAAGCUGGGAUUUUUAAUGGAUUUUCAAUAAGACGGACCGUUAAAUGAAGACCGUGCAAAGGUCAGAUUAUUAAAUUCCAUUUCCCAUUAAUAUAUGGUUAAUUAAAAUAAGUGGUAAAGCAAAUUAUUAUUGAUAUUAAUAUAAUAAUAAUGACUACAGUUAGAGUAUUAAUAAUUAUAGUAGAAAUAACAACAUCAAGAAUAGUGGUAAUAAUAAUAAUAAUAAUAAUAACAACAACAACAACAACAACAAUAAUAAUAAUAAUAAUAAUAAUAACAGUAAUAACAAUAGUAAUAACAAUAAUAAUAACAAUAAUAACAACAAUGAUAAUAAUAAUAAUAAUAAUAUAAUAAUAAUAAUAUAAUAUAAUAUAAUAUAAUAUAAUAUAAUAUAAUAUAAUAUAAUAAUAAUAAUAAUAAUAUAAAUAAGAAGAAGAAGAAGAACAAUCUAUAAUAAUAUAUAUUAACAAUAUCAUACUACGUGUAAUACUAAUAAUAUAAUUAGAAUAUAAUAAGAAUAACAAUAUAUUAAUAAUAGAUAGAUUAUAACUAGCUGCCAUAAAUAAAUAGGACCAUCAUAGUAAGUCGGUGAUAUUACUGCAGACAAGGAUAUAAGAUAUAAAUGAUAAUUUAGUGGAAUAAAAAAGCAUUACUUGCUCUGUCACACAUAUGUAAUUUUAACAGACACACGCAUUUUGAAAAACCAUUAUAUGCCUUCGUUGAUAUAUACAUUAUGGCUGAUAUCUUAUUCUUCGUAAGAGUUAUGCUAUGAGUCAUAUAAUUCAAAAUGUGUAUGCACAUUAUAAAUAAACAAUGAAACAUAUUGAAUGAGUAGUGAGUAAUAGAUACCGUUGAGUUUUAGUCCCGUAGACCCGAAAGCCCAACAUAACUUCGGAUAUUAGGGAUCAUGGAUUCGGUAUAAAAGUGAAUAAUAAAUAUAAAAGUGUAUAAACUAGCUAUUUUUACGUGGAAACCCGGAAAGGGAGAAAACCACGGGACUUUUUAGGCUAACGUCCAAGCCCGCUCUUUCUCAUUAACAUGCCCUCUCCUCAUUCCAUCACAUAAUACAUAGGCUGAACCCUCCAUUAAUGGAGCUUCAUUUGCUAGCUACAAAAGAGGAAGAAGAAAACAGUAAGGGGAGGGGGAGAAGUCUCCCAGGAGAGAAGAGCCAAAAAAUCCAUCCUUUUACAUGGAAGCAAUGCUUCCUAUUUAUAGAAGGGGGUGGGGGUUUACUCUUAUGGGCCAGCAGGCCGGUUGGGCCUUAAUGGGCCCAAUUCCUAUCCUAGCGGGCCGGUUAUGCCGAAGACGGGCCGGGUAGGCCUAAAUGGGCCUUGCUGACCGGGCUUCAUACCGGGUGAUGACUUGGGCCUCUGAACAGUGAUAGGUCGGGAUAAUAUUCCCCAAUACAAGUCCCCCAGUUUCUUGAGUAGUGAGCUUGCAAAUCUACUCGAGAAAGUAUACUCUUGCUCGCGCCCUUUUCUGCCAUCCCUGAAUCAGUCUUUGAAUAAUCUUGGGCGCAAGGCAUGCAUAAUCCAUAAGUGAGGUGCAAUCCCGCACUAGGCACGACGACGCUGUAGAGCAUGUCGCUCGUGUUGCAUAAUAAGUGACGCUCGCCAUCCUAGAUUAAGGAAUCGACGAGCCUGAUAAAAAAGAAGGCACGACGGCGCUGAUGAGCCAGCCGUUCAUGCUGCAUAAAGCGGCGGUCGUCAUCCUAGAUCAAGGAUGGACGAGCCCGACCGAGAAUCAGACACGACGGUGCUGUGGAGCCCGUUCGUGCUGCAUAAGAGCGGCGGUCGUCAUCCUAGAUCAAGGAUGGACGAGCCCGACCGAGAACCAGGCACGACGGUGCUGUGGAGCCCGUUCGUGCUGCAUAAAGCGGCGGUCGUCAUCCUAGAUCAAGGAUGGACGAGCCCGACCGAGAAUCAGGCACGACGGUGCUGUGGAGCCCGUUCGUGCUGCAUAAAGCGGCGGUCGUCAUCCUAGAUCAAGGAUGGACGAGUCCGACCGAGGAUCAGGCACGACGGUGCUAUGGAGCCCGUUCGUGCUGCAUAAGAGCGGCGGUCGUCAUCCUAGAUCAAGGAUGGACGAGCCUGACCGAGAAUCAGGCACGACGGUGCUGUGGAGCCCGUUCGUGCUGCAUAAGAGCGGCGGUCGUCAUCCUAGAUCAAGGAUGGACGAGCCCGACCGAGAACCAGGCACGACGAUGCUGUGGAGCCCGUUCGUGCUGCAUAAAAAGUGGCCCUUGCCGUGAUAUGGACUUACGAUGCCAUGGUCAUUGUCAUGGUCCUUACAUUGCCAUAGUCGAAAGGAAUGGACCUGACUCGACUCGACCUGACCUGGACAUACAUGGACUUAACUCAACUCAACUCGACAAACAUGGACUUAACUCGACUCGACUCGACAAACAUGGACUUGACUCGACUCGACUCGACAAACAUGGACUCGACUGGCCAUCUUCCAAUCCCAUAGUUCCAAUGAUCCAGGCCACCCAUACUAAAGACAGAAAGCAGUUUCUGAUGAUCUGGCGCAGGUUGGCAGUUUUCAGUCUCUAUCUUCCCCGAUCAGGGAUCAUUCAGUAGCAUAAUCUCUUGCCCAAGUUGUAUUACUCUUGAUCUCUUUUGUACUUUCCGGCGAGUAGUGUUUGAAGAACAAAACUCGAUUCUUUCCCCAAUCUUGUUACUUCAUUGCUUCUUUUUUUUUCUUUUGUUCACAAUCCUUUCUAAGUGGCCGAACCUCACUCGACUCACGUAUCUUUAUGUCUGACACCUUUCCCGAGCCCGUUUUGAUCCCUUUUCCGUUCGUGACGCACGGGUUCAAAACUCUUAGCUGAGGUGAAUUCCUCCAAGCCGUUUUGAUCGUGACCACAGGGUCAAACUCUCAGCCGGGACAGGGGCUCCCUCCAAACUGUUAACCCGUUCGUCAUUCGGUCAUCCGGAAUGAUCCCAUGUGUUAACAAGCUGAGGUGAGGCUAUCUCUUCAUAAUUGUUCUGACACCUUUCCCGAGCCCGUUUUGAUCCCUUUUCCGUUCGUGACGCACGGGUUCAAAACUCUUAGCUGAGGUGAAUUCCUCCAAGUCGUUUUGAUCGUGACCACAGGGUCAAACUCUCAGCUGGGACAGGGGCUCCCUCCAAACUGUUAACCCGUUCGUCAUUCGGUCAUCCAGAAUGAUUCCACACGUUAACAAGCUGAGGUGAGGCUAUCUCUUCAUAAUUGUUCUGACACCUUCCCCGAGCCCGUUUUGAUCCCUUUUCUCGUUCGUGACGCACGAGUUCAAAACUCUUAGCUGAGGUGAAUUCCUCCAAGCCGUUUUGAUCGUGAUCACAGGGUCAAACUCUCAGCUGGGACAGGGGCUCCCUCCAAACUGUUAACCUGUUCGUCAUUCGGUCAUCCAGAAUGAUUCCACACGUUAACAAGCUGAGGUGAGACUAUCUCCCUUCCAAACCCAUAAUUCCGAUGCAUUCCGAACUAUUCUCUCUGGCUCGUAUCAUCCAUAUUAGGGGUCUGCGGUAACCCUUUUCGAACUGUAAGCAAGAUCACCGAAUUUGGAUCAUUCCUUACUUAUAGCUAAAAGGGCGACUCGCUUCCAAGUCAAGUUUUAUGACUGAGGCGAGAUUUUUCAAAACCAUAGUUCCGAUUCCCCGGGCGACAAUCCGUACCUUAUCCGAACGUCGCUCGGUUAAUCCAUAUCUUACAGUCUUGACACCAUCUCCAAGCCGUUUUGAUCCCUUUGCCCGUACGUAAUUACAGGGUCGACUUUGGCUAAGUUGACGACUCAGCUCCCUCCAAGCUGUUAACCCGUUCGUCAUUCGGUCAUCCAGAAUGAUUCUACGUGUUAACAAGCUGAGGUGAGAAUCACUGUCCUUCGAACUCCAGGCCAUUUUGAUCCCUUCAUAAAUGCGUAAUUACAGGGUCAAAACUCUUGCUGAAAUAAUGGCUCCCUCCAAACUGCUAAUAUGUUCGUCAUUCGGUUUUCCAGAAUCGAUUCUCAUAUUAACCGCUGAGGUGAGACUAUCUGAGCGUCAAACUCCAAGCCGUUGGCUGAGAAUGACUUUCCUUCCAUGCUGUUAACUCGUUCGUCAUUCGGUCAUCCGGAAUGAUCGAGUUAACCACGGGCACCGAUUUUCUGAGCCUCAAUUCUUCAAGUCGUUUUCGAUCCCUUUAUUCCUUCAUAAAUCUAGGGUCAAAAACUCCCUUAGCUGAGAAUUGAUUUUCCUUCCAUGGAAUUAACCCGUUCCUCAUUCGGUCAUCCAGAAUGAUCGUGUUAAUCACGGGCACCGAUUUUCUGAGCAUCGAUUCUUCAAGCCGUUUUGAUCCCUUCAUCCGUUCAUAAAUCUAGGGUCAAAACUUUCUUAGCUGAGAAUGAUUUUCCUUCCAUGUUGUUAACCCGUUCAUCAUUCGGUCAUCCGGAAUGAUCGUGUCAACCAUGGGCUGAGAUGUUCUGAGCAUCGAUUCUUCAAGCCGUUUUGAUCCCUUUAUCCGUUCAUAAUUCUAGGGUCAAAACUCUCUUAGCUGAGAAUGAUUUUCCUUCCAUGUUGUUAACCCGUUCGUCAUUCGGUCAUCCGAAUAGACUGCGUGUUAACCAUGGGCUGAAAUUUUCUGUGUUGCCGAACAUCACUCGGUAACACAGAAUUCUCGAUCUUCAUUUCUGAAUCUCGAUCCCCUUUUCUGAAUCUCGAUCUUCAUUUCUGAAUCUCAAUCCCCUUUUCUGAAUCUCGAUCUUCAUUUCUGAAUCUCGAUCCCCUUUUCUGAAUCUCGAUCUUCAUUUCUGAAUCUCGAUCUUCAUUUCUGAAUCUCGAUCCCCUUUUCUGAAUCUCGAUCUUCAUUUCUGAAUCUCGAUCCCCUUUUCUGAAUCUCGAUCUUCAUUUCUGAAUCUCGAUCCCCUUUUCUGAAUCUCGAUCUUCAUUUCUGUGUCGGUCAUGAACGUCUCCGCGCUUCAUGCCAACAUCAUGGAUCUCCCAGCUCGAGCAUAUAGAACGGAUUCCACUGCACAAUAAGCAUAGUAAUACGACCGUACGGCCGAACAACAUAUACAAGCAUAUAUAUACACAAGUAUAACAUUUCUUUUAUAUUUUUUGUUCAUGACUACCGGCCAAGAAGGUAAUAACAACCCUUGGCCUGGAUUUAUUUCUCGAACUGCCAGAGUCCACGACCGGAACCACCUAGUGGUUGGUUGGGUCGUUCUCUGAAAAGUUUUAACUAAUCAAGGUACGUACUUCGCCCCGUACCGGGUUCAACUGCCGUUCGGGCACUUACUGUCAAGUGGGACCAUGAAUAGUCUCAUAAUUUAAAAUACGUCAUCGAGGACGCUUCAUCCAAUUAAUUUGGCCCGAUCGGGGGUGGACCGAUACACCCAGUCAAACCAAGCAUUUAAUUGAAACGUUAGUGAUUUCAUCACCGGAGCUUCUUCGCUCGACACUGUUUAAUUCAGGAACAUUUUAUCCCUACUAAAUAAUGGUGAUUCAACUAAUAACAUUUAAUUUUUUUUAAUGUAUUAGCACUUGAUGCCUAGCAGAACUUCAUCACAUAAAAACGCGUUGCCGGAGUGAUACCCUACGGGAACACUCCGAUCGCUUUAUUACCCCGAUCAUACGUUGACCGGUCGGCCCACUAAACCAAUCAUUUAACUAAAUGACGAUGAAGUCAUCACCAGAGCUUCGCUCGAUCAUUAUUAAAUUCGGGAUAUUUUAAUCCCUAAUAAAUAAUGAUGAUACAAACAUUUCCAAUAAUGUUAUUUGAAAUUAAUUCGGAAGUGAAAAAAUGGUGGUACUUAGCUGAAAUAGGCUGAGUUCCGGCUGCCAGGCCAAGUUAUUAGCCUGGUGAAUUUGAUCGUCAAAGGCGAUCCAGCCCAUAUGCUUGUCGUUUUACAAGGCCAUCACUUAGUCGAUCAUAUCACUCUUCCCCUCGCAGCUAGCCGCAAAUCAUCUGCUCAAGCAGAUCGAACGGCAGUGAAUAUGAGCAAGGAAUUCCGCUGACCGUUGACUUGGCCGGUGAUUAGGGAUGGCCAGUAUCAAAUCCCUUAUCCUUCACUCCCGUUCGUCCCUCGUUGACCGAACGACUGCAAUCAGUUGAGGAUGAUCUCCGUCCGUUGUUGUAUUGGGUCGGACUGUGUGAGCCAUGGAAAGGUCGAGCGGUAAUCUGCGCUCCCUUAUCGCAUGCUAAAUUGGUAUGUUGUUCGGUGUAUAAGACGAUGACGGUAUUCUAGGGAGUUCCGGCCCACUGAAAGGUGAUGCUGCUUGCAGAGGGUCAACUGUCGGUCCACCAUUCCAGGAAAAGAUACAGGUACUGAGCGAGAGGGUGCCGGACGGUGGGAUGCCGGUCGGUGUGACGCCUGCCUGGUGGUCGGUUUGUCUCGUACGGGAAGUUUCCUUUUGAGUUGCUCCGGUCAUCCCAGGCUAUCAACCGCCAAUCUGGGAGAUUCUUUAUGAGACCGAGCUGCGACUUCUUCUGGCUGUCAGACCUUGGACCCCAACUCGGCCCAAAAUGGCUUAGUAUCCCAGCGAAACAAUGGCCUGUCCCACUGCCACUUCCCAUUCGGUAAGUCCUUUUAUUGGCAUACUCGAAAUUGACUGAGCGUCAUUCCUGCCGAUCGCGAGUUGUUAUCCCGACCGAGCGGCAAUUCUCAGAGCCCUUCCGGUUUGGGCUUCCCCAGGCAAGGCUGAUGUGGUGAUAUGGGGAUCGAACAAGACUUACUCCUUGAAUCGAAAAGGUCAGGGCUCUGCGUCCCUAGCUAUCUGCUAUGUUCUGACCGAACGGGAUUCGUGCUACCAAAGGUGGCAUGCGGGUACUGGGUUCAUGUUCUGACCGAACGGGAUUCGUCACCCACUCACCCCUCGGUGAUUUGCUUAUCUUGGCCUAGUUCUCCGAACGAUGACUCAAUGUUGAUGGCUCCUAUCAGGCUGGCCCUGCCCAAUUUCGUGCGUUCUUAAGCAGUAUUGGGCAUUUAAAGAGUAGAUCGGGAGGUCGAAGCAACACUGGGACUAUGAGGGGUGGCAUGAUGUGUGAAGGUGUUUGAGCCGAGCGGCAGGUCCAACACUGGCGAAGUGUUCAUCAGAACUUUGGCAUAUGGUCAAGAUCCCGAGUGGCCAGAUUAUUUCUAUCUUCAUGUUUGACCCUUGAUGGGUUGGAGCUUCUAAUGACAGAUAAUGUUCGGUGAGUGAGAAGUGCCGUUCGGGAGCUAUGGUCAGGGUCUCUGGGUGGGGAUAGGUGAGGGGCAGCUUCAGUGGCACCUAAACACCCACCCUUGUGAGACGGCCUGUCGUAUCUUAUCAGCUCUCUUGCUCACAUUAUUAUGCUGGUCGGGAAUUGCCGUUCGGUAGAUAGGAAUAUAGGAUAUAGCGAUGGCUUUCUGAAAUUCCGGUCGGGUGCAGCACCAUAUCCUCUAUGUUAUCUUCAGACGUAAAGCUGUCUCCCGAGGUGUUAUUGUAGUUCGUAAAUGAACUCCUUCGGGAGGAUAGCUCGGGCACUCCCGUUCGAGUGACUGUUUAUUUUGUACUGAUAAACAUGAACAUGUCACCUCACCAACUCACCAAGUGGUGUUUGUCAUGGUUCCUGAGAGUUGACAGCUAAUCUUAUCUUUUAUCAAGAUGGUGGGCUGGUGGGUCCCAGUCAUUCUUCUUGCUUCUUCCACCAACGCUAGUUGCAUCUGGAUCUAGGAGUUCCCAUAGAAUCCUCCUUCGGUUUCCCAUGUUCAGUGGAGGAUUUCAAAACUUCCAUCUUUCUUUCGGUGUAGCAGCAGUCAUUUGAACAAACAGAGCUGACUGGGGUCCGUAAUUUCUUCGUUUCUUGCUGGAAAUCAGUUCGUCUUCUUGUAUCACAAAAUUUUUAGAACUGUUAUGAACACAUGUAGCUUUUUGAACAGUUUCCCACAGACGGCGCCAAUGUUGAGUGUUAGUCCCGUAGAUCCGAAAGCCCAACAUAACUUCGGAUAUUAGGGAUCAUGGAUUCGGUAUAAAAGUGAAUAAUAAAUAUAAAAGUGUAUAAACUAGCUAUUUUUACGUGGAAAUCCGGAAAGGGAGAAAACCACGGGACUUUUUAGGCUAACGUCCAAGCCCGCUCUUUCUCAUUAACAUGCUCUCUCCUCAUUCCAUUACAUAAUACAUAGGCUGAACCCUCCAUUAAUGGAGCUUCAUUUGCUAGCUACAAAAGAGGAAGAAGAAAACAGUAAGGGGAGGGGGAGAAGUCUCCCAGGAGAGAAGAGCCAAAAAAUCCAUCCUUUUACAUGGAAGCAAUGCUUCCUAUUUAUAGAAGGGGGGUGGGGGUUUACAUCGUUGUAACUAAAUGUAAGUUGCUGUGAUAUAAAUUUUGAACAUAAUUAUAGUCACUAAUAGUUACUAAAUCACACUUUUAUCCAUAACAUUUUUAUUAGUUAUUUUUAUUAGUUAAAAAGAAAACAAUUGCACUUCAUAUUUUUGAGCUUUUUUCAGUAUUAAUGUUAAUUAAUUAAAUAAUUAUGAAAAUAGAGUUGGGUUAAAAGUAUUUACCAAUAUACUGUUGGGUUAACCAUGGUCGGGGUAAGUCGUCCAACGGUUAGGCGACUUAUAAGUCGCCGAACGGUUUGACGACUUAUAAGUCGCCCAACCGUUGGGCGACUUUUCCUUAAGUAAAAAUAUCGGCCAGCCACAAAACAGAACAUUGCGUAACGUAAACCCAAUCCCCAAAUCCCCCAAGCCACAGCGACGAAGGACGAAGGACGAACGAUGACCGAGCCAUUUCCAGCUUCGGCGAACCUCCAUCUCCGGCGACCUCACUCCGUCAAACCUCCAUCUUCAUCUUCAACACUCUUUCUUCUUCCUUGUAGGUAAAUCAAAUUCCAUUUCAUCUCAUUUUGAACUUAGUGUUUUGAAUGUUAAAAUUUUCGAAUUUUUAGAUUAUGAAUUGAUUGUGAAUUGAGUUGUUGUGAACUGUGGAUAUGUAUGAAAUGUUGAAAUUUGAUUUUAAAUUGAUUGUAAAUUUUAAAGUGUAUUUUGACAUUUGGGUAGAUUUGAAUGUAGCUAAAUUUGGGUAUUGAAAUGUAGACUUGAAUGUAGAUAUCAAAAUUUGGGUAUUUUCAUAUUCAAAUGUGAGUUGUUUGUGAAUUUUGACUUUUGGAUAUAUUAGAAUUUUGAUAGUUUUUUCUAUUGAAAAUUUGAAUGUGUAUAAAUUGUGUAUAUUGAUGUGUACUCAUGAUAGUUGGACAAUGAAUUGUUAUUAGAAUAUGGAUUUCUCAAGCUUCCCAAUCAUGUGUCAUUGGGUAAGGAACUAUUAUGAGGAUGCUGGGCAAAUAUGUCAUGAAGGUGGUACAACCAGAUUUGUCAUGGUUUCUCGUGGUGCUUGUAUGCUCGAGAUCCUUCAAAAAAUACAUGCAGCAACAAUGAUUCAUCCUAGCCGUUCUUUGCAUUUGAAAGGGGUAAGUCGUCCAACGGUUGGGCGACUUAUACGUCGCCUAACGGUUUGGUGAUAAUCGUGUAAUUUUCAUGUUUAUGUUUGUGGUUUUAACUAGUUUUGAUUGAUUGUUACUUUGGAAAUUACACACUUUUCGUGUAAUAAUUUAGUUUGUAAAAUAUUUGUAAUUUGUUUAGAUUAGGUUUAUUCUGAGCUCAAACAGGUCCAAGAUCACUCAAGGGACCGUUGGCGAACCCCAAAAGUGGAAGGAAGGUACAAAAUCACAAAAGAAAUAGAGGAUCCUGAUUUUUCGGUCUGUACCCGGUCGGGUAUGACCUAUACCCGAUCAGGUACCUUGUUGAAAUAUCAAAACGGAUCGGAUCCGGGAUAAGGCAACAUGCAGGAAGAUAUUUGAUCACGUUCGAGUGUCAUACCCGAUCGGGUGACCGACAUACCCGAUCGGGUAUGUCCCACUUUUCGAGCUUCCGGGAAGUCACUAAAGAUACCCGAUCGGGUGCCCUUGAUGCCCGAUCGGGUACACACCCCUGCAUGCUCCAAAAGCCUAUAAAUACCCCCUCUUUCCUUCCCAAAGAAAUCAUCAAUUCCUAUAUACUUCUAAGCUCAGUCUAGAAUAGUUCUUUCUUUAUAUUUUCAUCAUGUUUAGCCUCCAAAUGAGGAACUAAACUCUUCCAUCUUGGUUUUGCUACUUUGAAGCUUAAUGAAUUUGUAAGUUGUGAGUUA